GCGAGGAGAGGAGAAUUGCGCGCCUGCGCGUUGAAGCUGAGCCUUUCCGGGGGCGUGGCUUCACGUCACGGCGGCGAUGUCCCCCAAUGGGAGCAAGCGGAGAGGCGGGACGGCGAGGGAGGCGACCAAUCGGAAGGCGAGAGAGCGUGAGGGGGAGAAAGAGAGGCGAGUUGGCGCCUGCGCGUUGGUGGCAGUGGCCUAGCAGCGUCCCGUCACAAAAGGAAGCGGCCAUCGCGGUGAGAGGAGAGAGAGAGAGAGAGAGUGUCUGCCUGCCUGCCGGCGAGGCUGGAGCGCGGCUGAGGGCAGGGAAGAAGGACGACGCCGCCUUCGCCGCCGAGGAGGAGGAGGAGGCGGCGGAAGAGGCGGCGGCGGAGGAGAAGGAGCCGGCCGGCCUCAAGGCUGGCGGGCGGUGGCGGCGGCAGCGGUGGCGGCGGUGGCGCGGGGGCGAGGCCUGUGCUGAGGGCCUGAGGCCUCCCUCGGCUCGCUCCCUUCGCGCCGCCGCCGCCGCCUCUCCCUCCUCCUCCUCCCCGCCUUCCUCACCGUCCCCUCACCGUCCCGCUCCUUCCUCUCUUCUCUCUCUCUCGCCCUCGCUCGCCAUGGCCCAGCAGCAGGUGAGCAGCUCGCAGAAGGCGCUGAUGCUGGAGCUGAAGGGCCUGCAGGAGGAGCCCGUCGAGGGGUUCCGCAUCACCCUCGUCGACGAGUCCGACCUCUACAACUGGGAAGUGGCCAUCUUCGGGCCCCCCAACACGCUCUACGAGGGAGGGUACUUCAAG